AAAAUAAAGUUAUCGUCGAACUUGUGACCCUACAUCGGGACUGAGGCCACCUUUAUCUGUCAGUUUGUUCUACGACGUUCCAAUAGUGUCACGGAUAUGAAAAUACUGUUAUUAUUAUUUGUUUUACACACGGCCUUCAGCGAUGAUUUCGGGAAAUCUUACAUGAAACAUGCACGAUUGUGUCGAGAAUGGACGUGCAUCAACAACAAACUUGGCCUAAACGAUUCCCUGCCGCCGCGAGACCAAUACCGCCAAGUUCUGAAAGGAAUAUUACCCGAAGCAUGGCACGGCGCGGUCGAGCCCACCCUAGAAGGUUGCUAUGUUAACCGCACUCGUCGGUACACAAACACCUGCCCAGGGCAAGCUCUCUUACAAUGCACUGUGGAAAAGUUGGUUGAGAACUGUCCAAAUGCCUAUUGGAGAAAAAAUGACGGCUGCUCAAACGUUUCAUCACUUGCCGGCUUCAAGUACAUGUUUUCGCAAGGCUUGUAUGAGAACUUAGAAGCGAAUUUAUCAUAUGAGCAACGCCCGCCAUGGUUUAUGAAAUAUGUAAGUAAGCCCAAAAAGUACUUCAACUCCAAAUGCUGCGAUCUGCCAGAACUAUUCAACGAUACAACACUGACUGAAUGCGGGUUCACACACGUCAUGCAUUACCACAGACACAGUCCUGUCCGCGUGGUCACCCUAGCUCCGGAACCGAAUUCCGAAUCAGUGUCUUCAGAUACGGAAUCUACACAGUCAGGUGAUUCAAUUCGAGUAGUGAGUCUACCUCCUCUACCAGUUAGUGAUGAUUCUUCUGAUGAUCCACUCGAUUGUUGCGACAUGUCCGGUUUCAUCCGGCCAUCAUGGCGGUCAGAGUGCGACUUCCGGCUAAAGUGGGACCCUGAGGCGCGCUUGACCAUAGAUACGACAACUGUUACCACUACAGAAGUUCCGAUGACUACCACUACGGCUAAAGCAAGGCUCGAUGUCAAAGUUCUGCCGUUGUCUUGUGUCCAAGAAACAUGCGUAUUCCGAAAACUGAACAUCAUCACGGAUUCAGGCACCGUCGACAUUGACGCCUUCUCAAAGAUGCUCAACAACCUGACUUCGGAGCAUCCAUCAUGGUCUAAAGCUAAGGCUAGAGUGGUUACCAAGUGUCUGACUAGGCCCGUAUUGAAUUAUGACGCUGAGUGUGAGAUCAACAAAGUUCUGGCUUGCACGUUUGACGUUUUAUCUGAGAAUUGUCCUACCGUGAAGAAAAAUGACCCUUGCAAGCAUUCAAGCACUAUAACUAACGAUAUUGUCUGCCAGAUCAGCUCAUCCAAAGCCUUGUUUAACCGCCACCAAUUCUGCGACAUCCCUCGACUAAUCAAAUACGACACAGUUCUACAAGAGUGUGGCGUGAGCUCCAUCAGUCGUCUGGAGUAUUCCACGCAUGUGGUGCCUGUCGUGAAGAAACAUGAACCUGUGGCUGGGUGCAAGAAACUGACAGAGUCAACAACCUGCCUGCUCUCCAAAAUGGGUUCCCUAAACAAAUACAAAUUCAUGGACUACUUCAAGAUGAAGGCCAACAUAAACGACUUCACACGCACCCACACUGAAUGGCUGGCUUUACACGACGCGUAUAUCAGCGUGUUCACCAGUAUGCCCAUGUAUAGGAACCAUUGCAGCUCGCCUAAGAAGUUGCUGAAUUUGAUUGAUGCUAUGUUGAUGACAUGCCCGUUAUCGGCCCGCAAAUCAUCACCGAAAUGCUACAAAAUGCUAAACGAGAUCUCCCACUCGUCGAUUGUAAACCAGAACACAACGAAGGAACAAUCUGAACAAAUGCUCAACCAAUUCCACUACAUCUUCUUCCCCCCAAAUACCCAACAAACUGUUGUUAGGAAAACCAAAGUUACUAAAAAGUACGAUUUUGGCAUUUUAGAUAAUGGCAAUGUGCCACCAGUUAGGGUUAUAGAUGUGAAUCCUACGGCUCGGCCGAUAAAGGUUUUGUUGCCAGUGUAUCAACAAAUGCACAGCAAUUUUGGACCUUUUAAUUUACAUGGACGCGGUGACUCGGUUUUAAGAGGAGGCCCUGGGUUGCCUUGAUGCGUAGUAUAAGUCAGAACGUUUAAAUGUUUUUUUUUCUGGUAACACAGGAGACAAUUUUUAUUAUAAGUAAUAAUUAACAAAUUCUGACAUUUUAUGAGUCCUGACCCUCUAGCACAACUUGUCUUGUCGUGCGCGAGUCCAUACUUGAAGUGGCGCAUGAUGUAUGGAUGGGGACACGUGCGCGACAAGGCAAAUUGUGCUAAACGGUCAGGUAGUCUAGUUCUAAAUAGUUUACAAUAGUGAUUGCAAGUUGAUAAAAAAGUUUAGUAACACAGGAGACAAACUUGUAUUGUUAAUAAAAUUUGACAUUUUAUUUUGACUAAGUAGUGAUUUCAUCUGAUCUAUCAAACGAAGGCAUUAUGUUUUUUUGUUUACGUAAUUACCUACGUAAUCUAAUAAGGUUUUAAAUGAAUAAAAAAACCAAUUUGAAGCAAUAUGAAAAAUUUAAUAAUAUAUGUAUACUCACAGUAUCUAUUGUACUUAUAUCUGUAUAUUUAGUUACAAAUAUAGGUAUGAUAAUGUUGAACCAAUAAUCAAUGUCAGUCUUUUCUAUAAAUGUCGAAUAUAGCCAGUAUGUAUAUUUAAUUUAGAACAUGC